AUGGCUGCGGCGGAAGCGAUGCUGGAUGAGAAACACCCCAACUUGCCAACGAAACCAACGGACGAUAACACGUACAUCCUAGGUAGGAUAUAUGAUCAUAAUAUUGUCAUUGCAUGCCUCCGAUCGGGUGUUUACGGUACGACAUCAGCUGCAACACUGGCGACACAAAUGCAAUCCACUUUUCAGUCGAUACGGUUCUUUCUAAUGGUGGGCAUCGGAGGAGGAGCGCCAAGCGAGAAGGUUGACAUUCGACUGGGUGAUGUGGUGGUAAGCAACCCAACAAGGGACUUCGGUGGGGUCAUACAAUAUGAUUAUGGCAAGACAGUGAGCGGCGGUCGCUUUGAACGCACUGGGGUGUUGAAUAAGCCGCUACCAGUGCUCUUGACAGCAGUCUCCAGGCUAAAAGCAGCGCAUCUAUCAAUGCCAAACAAGAUUCCAACCCUCCUUUCUGAGAUGCUAGCGAGGAACCCCAUGAUGAGGAAGAGUUUCACAUACCGUGGUGCAGACCAGGAUCUAUUGUUUGAUUCGGAAUAUGACCACUGUGGCUCCGAAAAUACUUGCGACAAUUGCGACAAUACGAGGCUAGUAACACGACCUGCUCGGCUUACAUACGACCCUAUCAUUCAUUACGGUCUUAUUGCAUCUGGGAACCAAGUGGUGAAGCAUGGUCGCACUAGAGAUAAGCUGGCCCGGGAAAUCGGCAUCCUCUGCUUUGAAAUGGAGGCGGCUGGCUUAAUGGAUGACUUUCAAUGCUUAGUGAUCCGAGGAAUCUGUGACUAUUCUGACUCACAUAAAAACAAACAGUGGCAACAAUACGCAGCAGCAACGGCGGCUGCCUAUGCCAAAGAACUCCUCUCUGUGGUCCACACAAGCCAGGUUGUAGACACACCGCCAUCGCGCUCAGACUUAUCUUAUUACAACGGAAAGCUCCCAUUCGGAGGUGAGCAUGCCACAAGUGUGACAGUGCGUAGAAAUGAUGAUCAAGAUUAUGAGACACUGUUAGAGCAAAUUUCAAGUUAUGAUUAUAGAAAGGUUCAUCGAAGACUCUCUCAGAAACGUCUCGUCGGCACCACACAGUGGUUUCUUGAUCAUCCGGAUUUCCAAGCGUGGUUCACUGACAAGAGUAUCUCCACUUUAUGGUGCUCAGGAAAGAUUGGCUCAGGCAAAACAAUAAUAGCAACCGCAGUGGUAGAGGCUGCAUUAUACCACUAUCCCGAAAAUCGUUCUCCCACUGUUUUCUUCUACUGCGAGAAUGAGUAUCAUAGAUCCCUGGACAGCUCAUAUAUUCUCUCUAGCUGUAUCAAACAACUUUGCGAUUUUUUGCACACGACGUCCAGACCUUAUCCGGAAGAUGUUAAGACUGAAAUUAGGAAGUUCUUCGGACCUAAACCGAUCCAGCCAGAUUUUGAAGACCUGAAAUAUAUCUUCAAUCGACUUUUCCAUUCUGUGCCGGACGCUGUUUACAUAAUUGAUGGGCUUGACGUUCUGAGCCAGAAUCAUGGGAAAGCCCUUUUGGGAUUAAUCCAAUCGCUGUUCUGUUUCUCCAGGCCCCCGCAAGGAUCACGGAUCUUGUUGCUCAGCAGGGACCACGUUCCGGGAUACAUAAACAUCGCCACGUUUAUGCCAGGAAUUCGCCAGAUCUCUACGUCUGGCAAUAUUAUGGAAGACAUCGAGGCUUAUAUCGAAGCAAGCAUUAUUGAUAAGACCAUGUGCAGAAAGCUUACUGAUGAUACUGUGUUGGUGGAAGACAUCAAGCGGACGCUUUUAACGGAGUCGUCAGGAAUGUUUCUAUGGGUGCAUCUCCAGCUAGAGAUCCUCUGGGAUACUUGCUACACGGAUGCAGGAAUACGAUCAGCCUUAGCCACACUGCCUAAAGGCCUGGAAGAAACAUAUGGCCGUUGCAUUGACAGAAUAAAUCUACAAGAUAGCUAUGCCCUAAAGGUACUCAAGUGGGUUAGCUUUGGAACUAGAUCGCUUCAUAUUGACGAACUGAGAGAAGCUGUCUCCUUUGACUUGGGAGAUACGGGGUGGGUCGCUGAGAAGAUACCACAGAAAGAUGUUGUGAUUGGCUGCUGUGCGAAUCUUAUUGUCAUAGAUCCUACUGACAAUUGUGUACGCUUCGCGCAUCAUUCAGUGAAACAAUAUCUCGACAAAUAUCAAGGAAGAGAAGUUCAAGCAAAACGUAUUCGAGAUUACCCAAACACAGAGCAGGGAGAUUUAGAGUGUGGAGAACUUUGUGUUACCUAUCUUUCCUUCUCAGAUUUCAGUCUUCAACUAAGCAAACAAUCAGCAGAAAGAGCGGCAAUCGAAAUUCCGCAGCCGGCUUUACUUGCGCGGCCAGUCCUCCGCCUCGGGCUCACCAAACCCUUCAUCCCAUUAUUUCGGAAGAAGAAUCAGUGCAUUUCAGUACAAUUCCGCAUGAUACGCACAAUGUCAACUCCAGAUCGGACACGGUACAAAUUUCUUGAUUACGCCGUCACAAACUGGGCUUUGCAUACCAAACAGAUACCCCAUACAUCAGUAGUCUGGGACAAAUUCAAGGCGCUUGCUACAUGUUUUAAUGAAACUUGGAAUUUCCACCCCUGGGUUCCUGGUGGUCGUUCAAAAUACUCCCACCUACACGGUCUCUUUGGAUGGGCAGUAAAGGAGCCGCACGAGCGUCUUCUGUCAAUUGCACUAGCUGCAGGGCCUGUCUUACAACGUGUUUGUGAUCUUCCGCUGGUUGGGGAAAGACUCCCUGCUCUUCACGUCGCAUCAAAGCUUGGAUAUAGAGGCAUCGUUGAGAUUCUCCUGGAUUUCUGCAAUGUUAAUGUGUCAGAUGAAGAGGGAUAUACUGCUUUACAUCAUGCAGCUGAUAGAGGACACAUUGAAAUCUGCCGACUACUUUUAUGCGCGAAAAGUGUGAAAGUAGAUGGCCUAUCAAAGUCUCUAUGCACACCACUCUGGUUGGCUGCUAGCAACGGGCAUCGGGAGGUUGUAUCACUCCUUGUGGAGCACCAAUCGAAUAUUAAAGCAAAGGGCGGUUCUCCCGGCCAGACAGCUCUUUCACGGGCUGCACAAAAUGGGCACUAUGGAGUAGUGGAGCUUCUGCUCGAGAAAGGGGCAAACCUAGAAUCUAAAGAUACGGAUGGUCGAACACCUCUAUCAUGGGCUGUGAAAUGCCGACAUGAAGCGAUAUCUGGGCGUCAGAACAUGGGCAUGAGGCAGUGA